UUAACUGUUUUGAGUCAUGUUUUUCUUGAAAUCAAGGAUUUAUCUUCUAUAAAUAAAAGUUACAUUAUUAUUAAAGAAUAGCCGUAAUUUUCCAAUUUUCUGUUAUAUAGUGUAGUUAUAAAGUCUUUCCUAAAUUGUCGUUAAAAUGUUUAGUCGUAAAAAGCCAGAGAAGCCCAAGAGAGACCAUUCUGGAAAUCUUGCACAGUUUGGACUCAUGGACAUCCCAUCUAAUUUUGACCCCACAAAUCCAAUGGGAGGAACCAUGGACUCUGAUGGCGGAGACAGUGAUCUAGAGGCAGAAUUAGCUGCUCUAGCAGGCACCGGUGGAGGAAGAGCAAAACCAAAAAAGGCAAUUAAAAAACCUUUAGCUCCACAUGAAUUAGAUGCUUUAGUUUCCGGCACCUUAAAAGAUAUACAAGAUGUAGGAGAAGAUGAAGAAGAUAUUGAUGAAAAUGAUCCAGAUUUACUUAGCGAAUUACAAGACAUUGCUGGGGACGACGAUUCACCUUCAACCGAAUCUCCACCAGUUAAAUCCCUUUCAAAAGAUGAACCACCAUCAUCAGAUGUGAUAAACACCUUAAUGAAUAGAAUUAAAAACUAUCAAAUGGCUGAAUCUGAAGCAAACAGUGCUGGGGAGACCAGCAAAGCCAAACGAUACGGACGAGCUAUUAAAACAUUAAAUGAUUUGAUUAAAAAGGCUAAGAAUGGCGGUAUUAUUGACCUAAAUGAUGACACAAUACCUCCGGAAAUAAAGCUAAAAGCUAAACCACCAGUAUCUGAUGAGGCUCCAUUAGUGCCUUCUAGGCCAGCCCCUGCAUUGCCACCUGAACCAAAACUCCCUGAUGUGGUUCAGGGUAAUGUUGCUGAGGUGAAAAAACAGGUGGAUGAAGAAUUGUUAGGGGUCUUGUUGGGAAGGCAAAAAGAAUACAAAAUGGCUGCCCUACAGUCAAAAAAGGCCGGAGACAACGAAACUGCCUUGGGAUAUUUAAAAAUAGCAAAAGUUUUUGAUCAGGUUAUUGAAGCUGUUAAGAGUGGACAAUCUGUUGACUUGUCUGAUAUGCCUGGGCCACCUUCAGAGGCAGGUGCCUUAUUGUCGAAACUACAACAAAAUGAACGACAAGGAUCUACAAACGUUGAACCACCUGCUCCGGCAACGGUUGCACCUGAGCCGGAGCCUCAACUUCUUACAGCUGGAUCUGUAAAUGAGGCGCUACAGCAAAGAUUAGAAUUUUAUAAAACUCACGAACAAAAGGCCAAAGAGGAAGAUAACAGUAGCAAAGCGAGGCGAUUCGGGAGAAUAGUCAAACAAUACGAGCAGGCAAUAAAAUCUCACAAAGCAGGUCGCGCGGUCGCUUUCGAUGAGUUGCCGACUCCUCCAGGUUUUGGGCCAAUUCCAGGGGCUCAACCCGCUCCAGCUCCCGCACCUCCCAAACCCUCGCCCCCUUCGCAGGAUACUCCUAAAGCACCACCGUCAAGAAUGUCCGGGAAUAAAGUUUCUACUUCGCAUCAAGAAAAGCAGGUUUUAAUAUUGCAAGCGAAACAAAAACAAUUUAAGGCAGCAGCCCUCAAUGCGAAAAAACAGGGCGAGUUGGUGCAGGCUAAAGAGUUUUUGAAACAGGCCAAAGGGUUUGAUAAGUUGAUCGAGGCUGCAGAGGCAGGGUUGCCGGUCGAUUGGUCUUCUAUACCGGUUUCACCCGAUGCGAAGAGUCAGCUGGAUUAUGAAUAUGAUAUUGUAAUGGCGGACGAGUGUACAGACCAAGACGAUAGCGACAGUGAUAUGCUCUCGCGGCUUGAAACUCAACUAACGAAACAACUAAAAAUGUGCCUUAGUACUCGCGAUCACCACAAGGCGCUGGGCGACGUAGCUGGUACGAAUAGAUUUGAACGGUUAGCCCUAAAUGUCACAAAAGACUUAGAUGUUGUGCGAGUUGCUAAACGAAUGGGUAGCAAAGUGCCCAAGUUCCAUUAUGAAACCAAAGAGUUUGCCAUUGUGAAAAGUUUCACCGAAUUGACUGAUAACGAUUUGGAACUGUUGAUUGUUAGGGGUAUUAAUUAUCGUUCCGAUAACCCGAAGGAUAUCGAUACUUAUGUGAAGUUUGAGUUUCCUUUUCCAACGGAAACUCCUUAUUCAGAUCGGACUUCGACAGUAAGGGACACAAAUAAUCCGGACUAUAAUCAAACAUUUAACAUUCCGAUACAACGAAACUCUAGACAGUGUCAAAGGGUCUUUAAAAGACACGGAAUAAAGUUUGAGGUGUAUUCCAAAGGCUGCGACUGCGGUUGCGCUAGCGACAUCUUUUCCUGUUUUAGCGGCUUUUUUCGAAGCGACUCCCUGAUUGGAACCGUUAAUUUGAAAUUACAACGGUUGGAAACGCAUUGCGAGAUACACGAUAGCUUUGAUCUCAUGGAUGGUAGAAGGAAAACCGGAGGAAAACUAGAGUUGCGACUAAGGCUGAGGAGUCCGAUAGUGACGCAACAGGUCGAACAAGUUCAGGAAAAGUGGCUGAUUAUAGAUCAGUAGGAAAUAAUGUAUGAUUCUAAAUGGGUUGAUUUUUUGAGAAAAAUUUGUGUGAGAUGGUUCCGCAUUUCGAUACCAAUAUUCUAAUAGGAUGUAUCCCACAAAACCCAAAUUUUUCAGGAGGAAGAAAAAACCGUAUAUUUUUUUAAGUAUUUAAGAAAAAAAUGUUUUUUUUUAAUACUUUUUUUUUCUAUUAUUUGUUUUAGAUUAUGAGGUUUUUUUUCACUUAUUUUUUAAAUUGGCGGCAAUAAGUGAGUUACGUCUUAUCAUAAUAUUAUGACUUUAUUGAAUACAACAUAUUUCUUUGUAGUUGUCAUGUUAGCACGAUAACUAAAUUCUAAAUAUUGUGGCUUAAGACAAAUUUAACAACGAUUAUAUUUAAAACGAAUUUACUUUAUUCCUUAUCAAAACUUUUUUAAAGAAAAAAAUUAGGAAACAGAAGUUUAAUUUAAAACAAAUAUUGAAAAACUAGUCCAAAUCUUUACAAAAUCGAACUCUAAUAUGACUAUUUUGUUCCCUUACUUUUUUUUACAGCCUUACCAGUCUUUCUUGUGGAACUUUUAUUUUUUUGUACUUCUGUAUUGUUUACCUUCUUGUUUGAUACUUCUGUUUUUUCGUAACAUUUUAUUAGGUCGUAAAAGUAGUGCGUGUCUUUUGGAAUCACUUUUUUUAACUGUUAAAUCCAUCCAUUUUUUCUUUUGAAAUUUCUAACCUUUUACUGUAUAAGGGCCUGGGUACGUAUUUAUCCAAGGUAAUUGCUUUUUGUCUUUGUGGUAAAAUUGCAUACGGGUCGUCGUGUUUAGUUAUAUACAAGAUUUCCCGUGAAGGUAAAUAUUUUAGACAUCUUAAGUCUGCCACCUUUAACGGACUGUUUAAUUUUCCUGGGCGACUUGAGUUAUAUCUCAUCAAGUUCGGGUUGUCAAAAUUAAGAAAGUACGAGUGGUCUAAAUAUUCAACUUCUAAAGGCAUUGGGUUUUUUCUGGCAUCUUUUAUAAUAUUAAUAUAGUCUGUAGGUAGAAAAAUAUCUUUUCCCUUCAAUCGUCUCUCAAUAAGGCUGUGAGAAGAGUCACACUCCAUUUGAGUGUGACCCUUCUCAAGAAAUUUUUGUUCAAUCUCAAUAUUAAAUUUAGUUGCAAGAAAGGACAAUGCAUUGGACAGAACGACAUUUUUAUUUUGAUAACCGCAACUGUCCGAGUAUAAAAUACUAGGUUUUUUGUCUGCCUCCAAAGCUGAUGUCAGAUGUUUGAUGAUGCAGGUUACAAAAACUGAACAACAUAGUUCCCCUUCUGUUUCAUUCCACAGGAAAUUUUUGCAUGCAUAGCUUGACAAGUUGUAGAUGGUAUUUUUUUUAUUAGUCUUAUUUUUGUUUAUGUUCUCCUGAUUAUUUUGUGUUCCAAACACUGAUCCCUCAUUAACCCAGUGCCUAACCAUUCGUUCUUUUAUACCUAGCGUACCAAGAAAUGCUUGCUUGCACACUUGGUGUUUUCCGUCCUCAAUUUUUAAAUAGUACUGAAAGGAACCUUGUCUUCUGGAUGGAUUUUUUGUGUAACUUCUUUUUCUUUCAACGUAACUAGCCAUGUGCAAAACGUAAAGACUUUUUUGCUCCCAGGACAUAUUCCAAAAUGUUUUAAAAAUUGAUUGUCUGAUUUCUUCUGACAUUAGGUGGCAGAAACGAUUUGCUGCUUUUUUACAAAAACUCGACAUACAUUUAGGUCCAAGUAUUCUUUUUGUAUCGUGUUUAACUGUCCCGUCUUUAGAUCUUGUGUAUCCAGUGUACUCUUCUCCCAUCAAUCUUUUUCUUUUGUUGACAUUUUUAUCCCAUCAUUCUUUAUUAGCUUUUUUCUUCCUUCUUUUUUCAGCUAUUUUUGUAUCUAUAAAAAAAAAGAAAUUGAUUCUCAAAUAGGUUUUGCAACCCAAAAUUGAAUAAGAUGGGAGAAGAUUUUUGAAUAGGGGUCCAAUAAAAGUAAAGCUUCUUUAUUUAAAUCUCGACGUUCGACUUUUAUAAAGUUAUCUGUAGGACACUACAAUGGUAAACGAAUUUAAAAUGUUUAUUUUUUUAAAUUUCGGAAAAAACUACUAUGUUCUUUAAAGUAUAAAACUUAUAAUAUCUGGUUUCCAUCGAGGGGUCCUGAGGAUGACUUUACUAAAGUCGAAACCUCGACAUUUAAGUCAAGAAAUUUUAGAUUUAUUGGGCCUCUACCCAACAAUUUUCUCCCAUCUUUAGUAUUUUACUGAUGUUAAAUUUUACCUUCAGACUGUACUAAACCUGGGCUAUCUUCAUCUGGGUUAUCUUCGUCUGAGUUAUGUUCAUGCGAGUUUUCUUUAUCAGGGUUAUCUUCAUCUGGGUUAUUUUGAUUUUGUUCUUCAUUUAAGUCGUCUUCUUGUGAUAAUCAUAUAAAUUUGGAAUCAAAAUUAUCUUUGGGCUCUUGUACAUUUUUAGCUUGGCAAAUCUUGCUUUUAAGUUCCAAUAGAGAUAGGUCAUCUUCAUCUAUUUCAUCCAUUUGGGGUGCUUCAAUAGUAUUAUUUAAGUUGAUUAUUGGCAGACUGUCAUAAAUUACAACUGCGGAAUGCAAAAAAUCAACGUUCACGCUGUGAUUAUCAAAGGGGUGUUGAAAAAAGUUAUUGUCAUCUUCGUUAAUUACUUCUAAAUCGUAAGGCACAUUGUAUUCGUUAAUAUUUACUUCGUCAUUGAUGAAUUUGGGUUCAUUAGUAAUAGGUUCGUUUAAGUAAAAGGCUUACAAUAUCUACCCAUAACAAACUUUAAAGGUAAAUUAAAAAAAUAAAUAGCUAUAACCAGUUUUACUCUAAAUAAAAAAGUUCUUUUUCGUUCAAUUUCUAUAGGUGUCACAGUAUUUUUUUUUAUUUAUAAUUUGGCUUAAAAUGCCUAAAUUAUAAAUUAUUCUUAUAGAUUUUGCACAGAUAAACCCAUACAAAUACAUUUAUUUAUAGCUCUAAUACGACCUUAGCCACAAAAUACAUGGUAUCGUUACGUUGCAUUAAGCAGUAAGUUUUAUAAAUAUGUCGUAUCCAACAUGGUUAUUUAGAAUUACAAUACGACGUAUAUGAGCUAAUUAUUUAAAAAGCAAAUAUUGUUACUAUAAUUUUAUAGUAUAAAUAAAUUUAAAUGCGUUAAGAAAAUAAUAGAUAUUACAAUGUAACUUACCUUCGACAUUUUGAAAAUAUAGACACUUAAGAUACCCUUUUUAAUUGUAAUAAUGCAACAAAGUAUAUACUAUCAGCACUCACUUAGUAAAACCAUGGAGCGACUGUGGUAUACGACCUAUUAGAAAGAAAAAAAUCAGCUGUUUUAUUUACAUAUUAGAAAAGGCGCCUAACAAAUAUUUCUAGUUAAAUGAUUUUUACGAUAUAUUAGGAUUCGAAGGAACACAGUGAAUUGAAACCAUUUUUGUAAAAAACGUAAAAUCGGAAAUUUGUGGGAUACGUCUUAUUAGAAUAUUGGUAUCGAUUUUUAAAUUAAAUAUGCAAAAAAACUUUCAACACUUUUUUGCCAAUAUUCUCAUUUAUUCCUACCCUAAAAGGUGAAACAAUUAAAACGUAGUGGUAUAGCUUCGAAAAUAUCCUGUUUUGUAUAUUAGCACUUUGUGCCUUCGUUUUUAUUCCACAGUGAUUGGUUUGUAUAAUAUUAUGUUGUAUUUUUUGUUUGCUUAGAAUUAAGUAGGUGUAUAAUAAUGUAUUUUAUCUACAUAAGUUAUUAAUAUAUAUAUAUAUAUAUAUAUAUAUUUAAGUUUUAGAAAA